AUGCUACUCUCUCUCCCUCCCGAAUUGAUCUGGCAUACACUUUCCCUUCUCAUCCCCGCAGACCGACCAUUCGCCCUUCCACCAUCUCACCCAGCAACAGAGACACUGCUCAAUCUUACGCUCGUCUGCAAGAUCACGCAUCACAUCGCGAACCGACUCCUCCUAGAGCACUGUCUUCAUAUCAAAAGCGGGAAGAGCAUGGAUGCUCUCCUCCACGGCCUCCUCGACAAGCAGUCGAUAUACUCAAAAGCAACGAAGCAUACUACAAACCAGCCAAAAAGCAUGAUAAUCCAAAUCAAAGGCGAGGGACUCCCUCGUUCCAGUAUACAAAACUGGAAGUUUCGAUCUACGAUGCCCAUGGAUGAACUCUCGCGACACGCGCACGUGUUUGAUGGCUUCUUCACUCGCGUAGGACACUGUCUGACGCGACUCGUUCUGGAUAGUCAAUUCCACUUCAACGUUUCAGGCGAACAACCCGGUACGCCGAUAUCUGUAUUAGCCCGGUUGGCGUUUUCCCGGUUAACAGCGAUUGAAGAGUUCGUCGCUGUGCAUAUGGAUAUAUUCUCCGGCUCGAUGGAUUCAGACGGACUACUUCCGGUAUGGGCGCACUGGCCACGUCUACGACGUCUCGCUCUGGCGCAUAUCAGCGUUCACUCGGAGAAGUUCCUCGACGGACUGCGUUGUUGCGAUGCACUGACGCAUUUGGUUCUGGUUUGUCCGAUGUGGCUGAAUAGUGCCGUCACGCAGACGUUUUCGAGACAGUUGCCGGCGUUGCAAUCGGUGGUUGUUGUGCGGGUUGGGGGUGCACAUUUUCAGGACCCUAUUCCGGGUGUUGAGGAUGCGUUUUUGAAAGGAUCUUUUCUUGGGUAUUUGAGGGAGUCGUUGAGAGAUGUGCCCGUGAGGAUAAGUAUGCUGCAUGUGCCUGUUUCUCCUAGGAGGCCAUGGAGUCCCGAGGUGGCUAGUAGUAGGGUUUGUGAUAGUUGGAGUUGUAAGAAGUGGUUGUUUCAUCAUGCUAUACAUGGCUCUUUGUGGGAUUUGAAGUCAGCACCGGAGAUAGUGACGGAGUAUGAAUCGUGA